GCCGUAGUCGGCGGUGCAACUGUGAUCUGCGUCUUCACCUUGCGCCGAUGGGAGGUGGACGGUGCUAGGAGUGCAGGGAGGGCGCAGAGAGGGUCGGGGUGGUGCAGAGCAGAGGAGCACGGGCCCCGCACCUGCCAUUGUACGCUGCUGCCCGCCGCGCCAGUGCUCCGGGCAAGGCCAGCAGCCCGCGCUGCCCCGUGCCGAGUCAGUCGCGCCGCCCCUCCCAGGAAGCGGCGUGCGUCGGGCGGGGCGCCAUGCGCGCAGUUUUUCAGCGCGUGUCGUCUGCGCGCGUCGAGGUGGAGGGGCGCGUGGUGGCGGAGAUAGGCGCGGGGCUGUGCGUGCUGGUGGGGGUGAUGGCGGGGGACGGCGCGCAGGACUGCGACUACUUGUGUCGCAAGAUCCUGAAUCUGCGCAUGUGGCCCAACGAGAAGACUGGCAGGGCGUGGGACCAGAGUGUGUCGCAAAAAGGCUAUGAGGUGCUGCUAGUGAGUCAGUUCACGCUGUACGGCCAGCCCAAGGGCAAUAAGCUCGACUUCCACGUCGCCAUGCCGCCCCAGGAGGCGCGCCCCUUCUAUGAGGCGUUUGUGCAGCGAGUGCAGCACGCUUACCGCCCGGAGCGCGUCAAAGACGGCAUCUUCGGUGCCAUGAUGGAGGUGCACAUCGCCAACAGCGGCCCCGUCACGCUCUUCCUCGACUCGCGCAAGCCACCAGGCAACGGCGGAGAGGGGGGCGGUGGGGGCAGUGAUUCGAGUUGAGGGGGCAGCAGUGGUCCGCAGAGCAUGCUGAUAGGGCACUUGCACGCAUGCACGCUUCUUUAGAUGGUAUCGCAUUGAAGUUUCUCCAAGCACCAUGGCAUGGAGGGAAGGGAAGGCACUGUUUCCACCCGCUGCACCGGGUCCCGCAGGUGACUUUUGAGUCGACUCAAAAGCCGCUGCACUGGGUCCCGCUGCACAGAGCCAAGUGUGCUGCACUGCCGCUAGCACUGGCUGCCUCUUUGCUGCUUCGGGGACAUGACAGGAUGCAUGUAAAGCUAAUGGCAAUGGCAUUCGAAACGUGCUUUGGGUAUAAAAUUUGCAGGUCAUU